AUGUCCACCAUCUCCCGCGAGGACCUCGUCUACAUGGCCAAGCUCGCCGAGCAGGCCGAGCGCUAUGAGGAUAUGGUCUCCUGGAUGACCAAGGUCACCGAGGGCGACACCGAGCUCUCCGUCGACGAGCGCAACCUCCUCUCCGUCGCCUACAAGAACGUCAUCGGCGCCCGCCGUGCCUCCUGGCGCAUCGUCACCUCCGUCAAGGAUAAGGAGGAGUCCAAGGGCAACGAGCGCCACGUCCAGCGCAUCAUCGAGUACCGCGCUCGCAUUGAGAAGGAGCUCUCCGACAUCUGCAAGGAGGUCAUCAACAUCCUCGAGGUCUCUCUCAUCCCCAAGGCCGUCGGUCCCGAGUCCAAGGUCUUCUACUACAAGAUGGUCGGUGACUACCACCGCUACCUUGCUGAGUUCCUGACCGGCGACGAGCGCCAGAACGCCGCCAACCAGGCCAUGACCGGCUACCGCUCUGCCUCCGAGACCGCCGAGCAGGAGCUCUCCCCCACCAACCCCAUCCGCCUGGGUCUGGCCCUGAACUUCUCCGUUUUCUUCUACGAGGUCAUGAACUCCCCGGACCGCGCUUGCGCCCUGGCCAAGCAGGCCUUCGACGACGCCAUCGCCGAGCUCGACACCCUCUCCGAGGACUCCUACAAGGACUCUACCCUCAUCAUGCAGCUCCUGCGUGAUAACCUCACCCUGUGGACCUCUGACGUCGAGUGCAAAGACGGAGUCCCCUUCCCUAAAUGUGCUCUCUUGGUGGCUCGCUUGUGA